UUCGGCAGAAUCAACAUGGCAGCUUUCUGAGUUUUGGAGGAGGGGACUUGGUGUAAAUAAACAUAGAUUUUUACCUUGUAGAGAUAACGACAGUGUUCGGGCAUUUGUGUUUAGGACGGGUCGGACCGCCGGGGGAAAAUGUCAGGUGACGGAAACAAAAAACAGUUUUGGAAGCGGAACACGGCGAAGGUUCCUGGCAGCAUUCAGCAUGUGUACGGCGCUCAGCAUCCGCCUUUCGAUCCACUCCUUCAUGCCAACCUGAUCAAGGCGGGCAGCAAGCCUCCUCCAGCCACACCAGGCAAGCCCAAGAAGGCCACCACCUUUCAGGAGUUUGAGAGCAUCACCAGCGACGCCUGGGACGUUGGGGAUGACGAUGACGAGUUGCUGGCCAUGGCUGCACAGAACCUCAACAUAGAGGUCGUCAUGGAGACCGCCAAUAAGGUGAUUGAGAACCACAGCAAGCAGCAGGAAAAACAGAGACAGGACAACACGACAGAGCCAGAACAGAGAGAGGAGGAGGCGCAAGAAGAGCCGGCGGAGGAGGAAGAGGAGGAGGAAGAAGAUGAGGAGGACAGAGGGGAGGAGGGAGACGUGACCAGUCCAGAGUUGUCGUUUGCCUCGGAGACCAGCCCUCACAGCGAUGGCCGCUUGGUGAAGUCACACAGCGAGGCUCCCAUUGGCUCGCCUAAAGAUGCAGCAGGUGAGCGUGCAGCCCUCCACAGACAGCGCUCUCUGCCCCACCGGCCGCCCGUCAUCCCCCUGGUGGCUCGCAUGGCCGACCAGAACACAUCGGGCACCCCGGCCAUGACCGAGAGGGAAGCCUCCCGCCUAGACAAGUUCAGACAGCUGCUGGCUGGGCCUAACACAGAUCUGGAGGAGCUACGGAAACUCAGCUGGUCGGGAAUCCCACGACAGGUUCGACCGAUUACGUGGAAGCUUCUCUCGGGUUACCUGCCUGCCAAUGCAGAGAGGAGAGAGAGCGUCUUACAGAGGAAGAGACAGGAAUACUUUGGCUUCAUCCAGCAGUACUACGACUCCCGAAAUGACGAACACCACCAGGACACAUACAGACAGAUCCACAUAGACAUUCCUAGGAUGAGUCCUGAGAGCUUGGUGCUACAGCCCAAGGUGACAGAGAUUCACAUUGACAUACCGAGAACUAAUCCUCUUAUUCCUCUCUUUCAACAAGCUUCUGUCCAAGAGAUUUUUGAGCGGAUCCUGUUCAUUUGGGCCAUCCGCCACCCAGCCAGCGGCUACGUGCAGGGCAUCAACGACCUGGUCACACCGUUCUUUGUCGUAUAUGUCUUUGAGUACAUUGAGGAGGAGGUGGAAAACUUUGACGUGUCCAGUCUCCAGGAAGAGGCUCUGAGGAACAUAGAAGCCGACAGCUUCUGGUGCAUGAGCAAACUGCUGGAUGGCAUCCAGGACAACUAUACGUUUGCCCAGCCAGGCAUCCAGAGGAAAGUCAAGGCCCUGGAGGAGCUGGUCAGCAGGAUUGAUGAGUCAGUGCACCGCCACAUGCAGCAGUAUGAGGUAGAGUACCUACAGUUCGCCUUCCGCUGGAUGAACAACCUACUGAUGAGGGAGCUGCCACUACGCUGCACUAUCAGACUGUGGGACACCUAUCAGGCUGAACCAGAGGGUUUCUCUCAUUUUCACCUGUACGUUUGCGCGGCCUUCCUGGUUCGGUGGAGGAAAGAGAUUCUGGAGGAGAGGGAUUUCCAGGGCCUGAUGAUCCUCCUGCAGAACCUUCCCACCAUGCACUGGGGCAACGAGGAGGUGAGCGUGCUGCUCGCCGAAGCCUACAGGUUGAAGUUUGCCUUCGCUGACGCUCCCAACCACUACAAGAGAUGAUAAGCGUGGCUCUGUGCAGUCGCUGCCCUUCUUCCCUCCUCCUCCUCCUCCUCCUCCUCCUCCUCCCGCUGCUCCCUGCCCUGCCCCACAGUGAGCUACUGAACUCACGGAGCCCUCGUCUCACAGAGAGGGACUGGCCCUUUUUCUUAACCCUCGCUUCUCAUUGGGCCUUUCAUCGACUAGGAAAUUUGAAUCAACCAAUGACUGAGAGGACUUGCGGUGUAGCACGGUGUAGAUUGACGUGGAGCCUUUUUCUUUCUUUUUUUUUCUUUUUUUUUCUUGUUGGGUAACUCUUCUCUGAUCACCUCUGGAAAGCCGCAGGCGCUGUCAUGCAGCCCGGACAGAGCAGACCUGGAAACUCUCGUCUACACUGGAGGCCACAAAACACAAAACCCCUUAACGGAGCGAGGUCCGCUCCAGCAGGCUGCUGAAACAACCUGACGCAAGACCGGGAGAUGUUGCUCGGCGCUCCGUGGGCUCGGAACUAGUUUCUUUUCUGCUCAUUGUUGUUUUUGAGAUGGAAAUGUGAUUGCUUGUCAGUCCCCGGAAUAAAAAAAAAAAAAAAAAGGCAACUAUUUUAUGUUGCCAAGAUGAAAAAAAGAUGGCAAAACAGCAUUGCACUAGAUGGUUUACAUAUCCCACACCCUCUUCUCUAGCCGCAUCACAAUCCUGGACGGAACUUGACCUCUCCUGUCUUUUCCCCCCUGCACCGUCACGGGGGGAGACAGAUGGUUGGCCUUUAUGACAAACUAAUAUACUAGGACUUUACUAAUGAGAAAGAGAGAGAGGCUGUGAGUCGAUAUGUGAGGAACAAACGACUCUUCCACCUUGCACAAAGCAUCCCGCCGCCACCUCCACAACCUCCCCCUUCUCCCGUCGUCUCACCUCCACCCGCUCAUGGCAGGGUCUCGGUGCAAAGACGGAAACAGCGCUGAGAGGGCGCGGACCCGGAGAGAGAGACGGGCGCACGCGGAUCCACAUCAAAGCCAGUUAAACGAGCCAUUAGGACGAAGCGAGCGGCGCAUUCCAGCUCAUCGAGUUUUCCCUCUGACGUGUCUGCGUAUGCAGGGCGACGUGCUGGCAUCAUUAGCUAUUCCUCCUCUCUGAACCUCGGACUACCUCAGAACACACACGCGCACGCGCAUCGCCACAUUUAUGUUGACAGGCACGCCGUGAGAGGUGCAGACCCACCCGCGAAGGCACACGCACACACACCGCAAAACACACACUCAGACCAUAAAAGAUGCACACGGGGAGGAAAAGCACGCGCCACAUACACAGUCACAAACACGCAACACGGGCACGUGAACUAUGUUCAGCUUCAGUUCAGCUCAGAAAAUUGAAUUCAGCGCGUGGAAGCUGGAUUGGUCAUUCACAUGAUCUCGGGGUUUGUUUCUGAAGGAGUGAUCCGAGCUUCCUGUUUGCCUUAAUUGAGGUACAAAGCUUUUUUUUUUUUUUUUUUUCUUUAUUUUUAUUUCUUUCUUGCCUCUCUCCUCAUUUCUGUCUGUUCUGUUUUGGUCUCUGCAUUACUGUCUCCAUUUAUAGCACAUAGUGCGUUUAGCCGGGAGUCAGCAGCACCAUAUUGGUGUAAUGUUGUGAGGGAGGGGGUUGGGGGGGGGUGAGGGGGGGGAUCAGACAUUCAUGACAUAACGCAAAGCUGUUAGCGUUUGCAGCCUCCCGUUGCGACUCCGCCAGGAUCCAUAAUUGUCACCCAAGCCCUCAAAGAUGGUGUGCGUAGGUGUGUGAAGGGGAGAUAGAAGGAGAGUGGGAGGGAUGGAGAGAGUAGUGUUUUCUAUGGAAGCUCCAGCUCAUUUUUUUUUGUGAGAGCUGUCACUCUUUGAUCACACGGUGGGAUUUUUACACACUCUGCACCAGUUUUACAAGCCCUCAUCUCCCAUUCUCUCUGACAAGGAAGAAAAAAAAAAAAACUGCACUCGAUUUAAAAGUCUAUAGCCUUUAUUUUCUCUCUCUCUCUCUCUUUUUUUUGUAUGAGAUAUAUUCUUUCAAUCAUGAUUUUAAAAAAUUUGUCUUUUUCUUUUGGGUUUUAUUUUUAUAUGCUGUUUACAUGACAAGCCUGUUAAGUUGUGCCUAACUCUAGAGACACCAGACAUCAUCCCAAUUAUUUAUUUGACCACAAAUGAACUUGAAGAGGUUUUAGAUGUCCACAGAAGAAAGUACAGAAAAUAAAUCAGUGUUUUUAGUGCUCAUACAUGCGAGCCGCCAACAUGCGCAUUUUCUAAAUCAUACAGGAUAUAGAAACUAUACAGACAGUCAAAACCUUGGCAAUUACUCCCUCAUGCAGUAUCCGGAGCCGCACCUUUCAAGACAUUAUUUUGCCUCGUUGCACUUGUCAAUAUUGAAAACCGGGGGAUAAAAGCGUGAAUGCCCGGGUCAGCUAAUAAUGUCGGGAGGUUGACAGCUCCCACACUCCUGUGAAUGUGUGUGUGUGUGUGUGUGCUGAAAAGUGAAAAUGUCCCACCAAAAACCCAAACGUCCACUUAAAGCCUGAUUCUGAGACAUGAUUUCUUUGCGGCCAAAAAGAGCGGGCCGGCUCGCUCCGACAUGAUCAGAAGUGAAGUUUUUGCAAUUUUAAAGCUGGGUUGGAAGAGAGAAUAUGUAAUACAGUGUAUGGGUUUUUUUUUUUUUUUUUUGGUCCCCAAAUAUUUGGAAGAAUGUGACGGCAAAAAUCUCCAUCUGAACAAGCCAUUGAUGUCGUAUUCAGUGUUAAAAUCUUAAGUGAGAAAAAAAUCUGCCAAUAGGAUGAGAUGAUCCCACGUGUUUCCAGCGGAGUUUCACUCGUCUCAGGAAGUUUUCGAAAUGUGUUGAAACGAGGCAAAAUGAAGGAAAUCAGCCCACUGGUAACAAGACAAUGACAAGAAAAUUGUGGAAACAAAUUGAUUGUCUCAACCCGCCGGCAGAUUUUUUUUUUUUUUAAUUUGUUUGAAGAAAAACAAGAUUUCAACACUGAAUAUGCGAGUAAACGAUUUGUUAAAAUGUAGAGUUUUUGCAGUGGCUUCCCUUUGAUGAGAAUUAGCUGCUUUCUCUGAUGUUUUUGAACAGAGAUGGUUUAAUGAACACGGCAGCAAACACACACACACACUCAUGUUGGUAAUAAAAUGGAAUGUAAAUGGAAGCUGGCUGUAGUCCUCUGUCUGUUAGCACACACACACACACACACACACACACACACACACACACACACACACACACACACACACACACACACACACACAGGUCUCCAUGGUGAUGAUGGCCUAGGUGUUAGCUGGCUGGAGCCCUUUUUCUAUUGGACUACACGCACACACACACACACACACACAUUUUUUCUGCAUCUCCAGGAGCAUGUCCUUCAGUAACAUUUUACAUUUGCUUCUGCCUUUUUUUUUUUUUUUUUUUUUUUUUUUUAUUAAACUUCUCUUUUGGAGUGUUCCUCCCUUUCUUUUGGCUCUACUUCUCCAGACAUGAAAAUAUGUUUAUGAAAACCAAAACCGAAAAAAAAAAAAAAAUUCUCCCCAUGUCUUCUGCCUCUUGAGUACUCAGAAAAUCUAAUUAUACUAGACCGUGUGGGUGACAGGAGUAGUUGUUCUUGAAUUUAAAAAUGUGUACAGACAAAAUUUUGAAACAAAGAUCUGUAAAUAGAAACUGUAAAUAAAUCCUAUAUAUGACAAACUG